AUGGAGAAUUUUGGUGUUGCCGGCUCUUUUGAGCGUAGCUUCAAAGGUUUAGCCAAGAUCAAGUACAUGUACCAAAUUAUUACAUACGCUGUUGACCUUCGGUCUGUUUCCACACCUAGCCGGAUUAACGAGUGGAGCACCAGUUGUUCGCAGGUUUCAUAG